AUGGCACUUGUCCGGAAGCUGGCACCGGAAGAUGACAGAGCCGAUCUCAGAGACAAGCCCAUACCGGCCGAGAUCGAGGCCCAGGUCCGCAAGGCCUUGGACAUGAUGCCCAGCCGUCGCAUAAUCGACUUCCUGGUAAGAUAUUUCGUGACCGAGGUCAACCAGCUCGACCAACUCCUAUAUCCACCGUGGUUCCUCGGCCAGUACCAGCAAUGGUGGGGACUCUACAGCGUCUCCACGGUGGCCGAGAUUGAAUUCCUCGUUCUCAUUUUGAGGAUAUGUUGCUACGCUUCGCAGUUUCUUCCUUCACCCAGUUAUACCAUCGACAGCAUCAAAGGAGUGCCCCUUACCGAGAUCCGCAAGUCCUGCGAGGACGUCAUCCAGGUGCUUGGGCCCAUCUGCAGCCGUCUGUAUCCCCGGGGCUCGUUGGUCCGCGUGCAACAGAUCGCUUACGGCGGGCUUGCGGCGGGGAGUAUUGGCCACAUGAAUAGCUUCUGGGAGAUGAUCAGUUGUGCUAGCCGGGUAGCUCAACACAUUGGGUUACAUCUAAACGCCGUCAUUUCCGCCAGCAGCGCGGAUGAGAUGGACAAGGAGAUGACACGGCGAACAUAUUGCAACCUCUACAUAUGGGACAGCUACCUUGCUAGGCAUCUUGACCGCAUCCCAUUCCUUCCUGACACCCUCAACGCCGAUAUUCUACCCCGAAUGCGUCUCCUUCCCGAUAGUAUUGGCUUUGACUCCGAAACCUCGGAUGUCCCAAACGUGUUUACGGAGCGCCUUCUUCGAGCACGGCUCGCCGAAUUCUGGCGGUGCCACCGCCUACCCCGAAGCCCCGAGUGGGAUGUGAUAGCGGCAGAAGAAGUCUACGAAGAAUUCUGCAGCUCCUUCCUCCAAACCAUGCCGCCCGCGUUCGCCUUGGAACCAGACACCCAGUGGGACGAACACCUACCCACGCUUGUCAUGCAGCGGCAGCUGCUCCACAUUGCCAUCUUCGAGCAGAUCUGCUGGAACUUCAAACCCACCGUUCUCCAACAAUCCGACCAAGUCAGCCGCCUCCCCCUCUACAAACAAGUCAUGAUGUCACACGGCAAGCGGGCUCUCGCCGCCGCCGCGCUGCGGCUCCUCCAGUGCGUCUCGACGCUGCACCGGCUGAUGGGCGGCUCGCACACGCGCUUCUCGGGCAUCAUCGUGCCGACCUUCGAGGCGGCCGUGCCGCUGCUGUGCCUGUGUGCCGACCCCAGCUUCCCGGGUGACACCAUCCAGCACGGCGGGCCGUUGCCCUACGGCAACGGCAACGGUAACAGCAGCAACAGCCACGGGCGCAGCGCCAACCCGCUCGAGGCGCGCAUCGGCCAGGUCACGCGCGCCGAGUGCGUCCAGGCCGCCCGCGACGCACUGGCCACGCUGGAAACGCUCGCCCAGGUCAGCGAGGUGGCCGAGGUCGGGGCGCGCACCCUCGCGCGCCUGAUUAGUAGGGUCGACAGCCUGUCGCCACUGAGUACUAGUGACACGCUGUAUGGCAGCGGUGGGGAGGCGGACAUGGGUGGUGGUGGGAUGGCAGCUUCUAUGCCGGUGGACGGCGGAGGGGUCUGGCGUUCGAGUGCCGAUGCCAUGCGGGAAUGUGUUGCGGGAGGAGGCGCCGGAGCGGGCGUUCAGCAGGCUUAUCCAUUUGUUGGCAGUAUGUGCGCUGGGGUCAGCCCGGGUUGGGCGGACCUGUUGGGGGACCUGACGGAUACCUUUGGGAUUGAGGUUGAGGAUAUGGAUUUCGCGAAAAAGGGGGGAUCUGUCUAUUAG